CUUGGUAUGUGAUCCACCUUCUUUUUACUGUUGCUGCUUGCGUCUCCAUCUUGUUUUAGGGCAUCGCUGGCAUUAACGACUGACUUUCAUCCGUAAAUACAUCAAAGUAAAGAUACGGCAUACUUAUAUACUAAUAAUGGCAUCCUGGGAACAAGACGAAGAUGAGGAAGAGACAAUUUGGCAAGAACUAGCAGAUGAAUAUGCAGUGAAGUUAUGGAUUGAAGAACGAGAAACCAAGGAUAGACAGAAUUUAGAAGAAAUGGGUUUGCCAUAUAAUGAUAUCACAACUGGUGGGUUGUCUUAUAAAGUCAGAAAUGGGCUUGUGUACCAAGAAUAUUCUCAAGAAACGACUGGAAAAGCUGAAAAUAGUAGAUCGUCAACACCUGGAGCAAAACAUGUAUGGGGUGUGAUUCAAGGAACAAUGACAUCGUCAACACGACUUAGGCCUGGACAUGGUUCACUUAGGGGAGCAAGGAGGAUAUCACAAUCGCACAGACAAGGAUUUAGUUCUAAUAGAGGAACAUUAACAUCAUCUGCACACCCCAGACAUGGACAGGGUUGUAUGAAUGGAGCAAUGCCAUCUUCAGUACACAGACAUGGACAAGAUUCGUUUCGAGAAGGAAUGACAACAUCACCACCCCUAAGAUGCAAACGGGGUUCAGGUAGAGGAACAAUGAGAUCAGCACACAGACAUGGACAGGGUUGUAUGAAUGGAGCAAUGCCAUCUUCAAUACACAGACAUGGACAAUAUUCGUUUCGAGAAGGAAUGACAACAUCACCACCCCUAAAAUGCAAACGGGGUUCGGGUAGAGGAACAAUGAGAUCAGCACACGGACAUGGACGGGGUUGUAAGAAUGGAGCAAUGCCAUCUUCAGUACACAGACAUGGACAGGAUUCAUUUCGAGGAGGAAUGACAACAUCACCACCCCUAAGAUGCAAACGGGGUUCAGGUAAAGGAGCAAUGGGAUCAUUAGCACACAGACAUGGACAGAGUGUGAUUGAUGAAGCAGUCAUAGCUCAACCUGUAACUGAACUGUCUGAAGGUUAUAUUGGUGAAGCAGUGUCAUUUCUCCGUGUCUACCUCAUCAGAAAAAACAAUCGAACACUUAAUUCCCUGUUUACCCUGAUCCGCCAGAUUCCAGAAUCAAAAUGCAGACCUGAGAUAAAGAACUACCUGGGUUCCAGUUUGAAAACUUUGAAGAGUUUUAUCUCAGACCAGUGUGAAUACUUCAGAGAACAGAACGGAGUUGUAUCUUUGAUGCCUUAUAAGACGAAAGCUGAAAUACAUGAUAUUAUUCGACAUCCAAGACCUACAGGAAACAUCUAUCCACAUCAAAUAGAAGUUAUUAAUGAUGUCAGAAGAUGUGCCUGUCUCAUGCAUGAAUUGUUAUCACAGGAAGUGGUGGCAGUCGACUGUGAAGGGGAAUGUCUAGGUGUGAAUGGUAAGUUGACUUUAGUACAGUUGUCUACAGUCAGAGGCCAAGUGUAUUUGGUUGAUAUCUUGUCUGGUAGUAACAAGGAUCAACUAUUUCAUGCAGGAAGAUUGAAGGAAUUGCUGGAAGAUGUACAUGUAGUUAAGGUUAUGCACAACUGCAGAUCAGACAGUGCAGCACUCUAUUGCCAAUUUGGUGUCACUCUACGUAAUGUUUUCGACACCGAGUGUGCAUAUACUGUUAUAUUGGAACAGCAUAACAUCAAUAAGAGACAAAACAAUCCUGGUAUCAAUCUUAUAUGCGAGCUGUUUGGAGGACACUUCAAUCAGGUAAAUGAAGACAUUAAGUGGAAGAUGGUGCAUGAUAACUAUUAUUGGAGUUAUCGACCAAUGAGCAAACAAAUGAUUGAGUAUGCCGCUGCUGAUGUCUUUGCUUUACUUCCUCAAGUGUACCACAACAUGAGACGAGAAUUGGACCCACGCUGGGAAUCUAUGUUUAUGCAUCUCUGUCAAGAAAAUAUAGACUGUCAUCUCAAGAAAGAAGGACUUGUGUAAUGUUUUGCACUAAAUCUAGCGUGUACUAAGACAUUGUAUACACAUAUGUAAUAGAAAAAAUCACUUACUUAUAAGAUACAUGUAUGCAACUAUGAUAUCCAUGUUUGAAUUCCAUACAUGUAUCAAACCUUUUUGUUAGCAUUACAUAAAACAAGGGACAUUUUUAUUGUGAAAAAAAAGUUCUCAGUAAUACACUAUGAACAUUUUUUUUAUGUAUCACAUCAGUUGCAUAGCUUAUAUUAUAAAUCUUUGAUAGAUCAAAGUGUGU